AAGUCUAGUCCAGGAGUGUGUGUGAGUGUACUGAACGCCUGCUGUCCUGCAAAAUGUAGUAUGAAUUGGAUAUACUUUUUUACAAUUCCUCCUGGAUUACAAUCUGUUUAUGUUCAAAUGGAUUUGACACAUUAUUGCACUGGGACUUAGACACCUAAAUUAUGUUUGAAGAUGAGUGCAGAGUUUCGAGAGCAUGGUCUGGAUACCAGAACACACUACCAGGCUGGAAGUCUCUAUAAGGGCCAAUAUCAUCUACCUAUGCCUGAAAAAUGCUGUGACAGUCAGGACCUCAAACCAGCCAUUACACCGAAACCUAAAAAUUCACUCCGGCAUCAUCACAGCUCAUAUGUUUACUUCAGUAUGGCCCAAACCAAAAAGAACCUAAACGCAAGACAACACACGAAGGAAGCGCAUAAAAAUGUACUGCUGGCCCCGGAGGGGUCACAAGAGAGGAAGGACUUUAAGACCAAACAUUUCCUACAUAUAGAAAAGUCUGUACAGACAGAACAGGAUGUUGUUCUCGAACAGGCGGAUGAUCUGGGAUGCGGGGAAGAGCUGGCGCAGGGAACUAACUUAUAUUUAGACGGCAAAAGAUUUGAAUCAGAUGAAGAGUCAAUAGAUUCGUGCAGUAAGAAAAAAGGAUCAGAGCAGAUACAAGUAGAAGAAAUAGGAAAGAUGGCAUGGGGAUGGACUAAAAAUAGUGAGUCAAUAUCAUAUAAUAGUUCAAGCGAUUUUCAUUUAGCCCCUAAUGGAAUUUCUAGACACAUUACAGACAGUAUGUUGAAAGACAGAUUAUUCAACAACAAAAUUUGCACGGAAAAAAAGUUGAUUGAAGGAUUUUACCCAAAUGGAAUAUACACAAACGAUAUCAUCACACAAACAAUGUUUUCCAAUGAAGAAGACACAGAUGGGAUGUUUCCAGACAUCUGUGAUGCAGGUGAAGCAUUGGCAGACAAAGAUGGACUUUCUGACUGUGACCUCUUUGAAAACACAGAUCCCCUUCAAAUAACGGAGACUGAAAAGGAUGCUAAUGGAGAUAUAAUGAGGGAGGAAGGAUCAGAAAGCUCUGAUCUGUCUUUAUCUUCCAUUGAGGAAGAUGAUGAUGAAAUCCAGCUGGACAAUGGAAUAAAGGAAGAACAAGAAAACAAUUUGUCAGAGACUAAUUCUUCACAGUCUCUCUUGGAUGCUAUUACAUCAGACGAUGGUGACCCAGCUGGUACAUCAUCUGUCUCAAGUUCUUCAUCUUCUUCAUCUCAGACGUCUCUUGUCAUGGGAUCUGACACAGUCCGGGACGAUGAGGGUGUAGCUGAUGCAAAUCACAACUAUUGUAGCAAAGAUGUAAUGGACCAAAAUGACCAAACCACCCAAUCAAUGACUGCAGACAGUGACCUUAAGGUCACCCUAAAUCCAGAUCUCAUCGGGGCCCUCUCACUUGUUCAACACCAACCUGAAAGUUUAAUGCAGAAUGAAGCAGAUGGUGGCAAUGGGCAAGAAGAAGAGCUUACCUUAAAUUUACCAACUGAGAAAUCAGACCUGACUGUUCUUACAGUAGAAAAUUUAUAUGAAGAGACAGAGCCAAUAAUUCAAGCAAAGGACUUCCUGCAGAACAGGAAGUACUUUAUGACUCGCUCCAUAUCUGUGGAAACCCCCGGUAAAAACCUUGACCUAAUGAGUAGCCCAGCAACAGGAAACGGGCGACUUUUGCUACACCCACGUUCCCUCUAUCCAGAUCAUUGUUUUAUUGGAGAUAGCAGGCCUGCGCUAACCGGCUCAUUAGGAUGUCUCUCCCAAGGCUUUAAUACUUCAGCAAACUUAGCUAAAAUGACCAGGGUGGAUAUACCACCCCCUUUUGAACUGGCUUCCAUCACAAAGCGACCGAUCAGAAAAAGUUCUCCGUCCCUGUCAAGCGAAAUCUCCACCUCUUGCAAGAAGCCUGAUUUUGGGUUGAAGCGAUACUUUUUGCCAUUACGAUUCCUUAGGAAAUCCGAUCGGAAAAGCGCCGUAGAUAAUCGCUCGAAUUCUUCCAGGUCAUCUUCUGAGUCGAGCCCAGGGUCUUGCAAACGCAUGGAUUUUAUCAGGCAUAACAUGGGCAGCCCUGAGUUGCAGAGGAGCCCAGAUUGUACACCGCCAAUGUCCCCUUCUUCCUUUCUCGUCCAAAAGAACAGGCAAAAACCGGGACUGAACUUAACGCUUAAUAAAGAUUUGGCUGUCAGCACCAUUUCUAUAGAGGGAGAUAAUUUGUUUCAUUCCCUCUUUGAACCCAUCCCAUUGUCUAAACCUCGAUCGUUUUCAUCUCCCAAUGCUGAUUCAUCAGAAUAUGAGAACGUCCCAAGCACUUCGUCUCACUAUGAGAAUGUACAGAUUCGCCUUCUGAACCCCGUCAUUCAGAGUCAACGAAACCAGGGUUCAGCAGGUGAUACCGAUGGAUAUGUGGAUAUGAGCAGUCUGCCAGGCUUCCAGGGUAAAAGUCAGUCAUCUGAGCAAGAGACAGAUAGUACCUACACAUUCUGCUCUCCUAAUGUGAGGCCAGAUGGAACAGUGGGUGUGUCUGUGGGUGUGGCUUGUACAGAAGAGAAAAAGACAAAGACAUUGGACAAGAUGACUAUCAGCUGCUCCAGGGCAUUUUACAGUGCUAAAGAGCUUCUCGACAGUGAGGCACAGCAUGUUAAGACGUUACAACUUCUUUGUGAGACUGUUAAAGAAGAUGAGAGGCUAAUGAAGGUGUGGACAGAGAUACCUGAUAUUCAUUUUCUGCAUCAAAACAUACACGCACUACUAGAGAGCCGCAUGAAAGAAUGGAAUCAGAAUGAAGGGAUUGCUGAAAUCAUCCUGGCAAAGAAGCCAGAGUUUUCCAUUUUCUCCUCUUUCAUCAGUCACUAUGAUGAAAAACUGAAUUAUAUGGAGCAUAUAAAGAGCACAUUAUCAGAUGUAAUAAUCCUGAAAAAGCAGCUUCUGCAGGUCAUCGUGCACGUCCUGCAGUAUCGCAUGCUAUUAACGGACUACCUAAAUAAUAUCUCACCAGACUCUAGAGAGUUUCAAGAUACACAAGAUGCUUUGGUGGUGGUUUCUGAUAUUGCUUAUCAGGUCAAUGACAGCCUCAAGAAUGGAGCGGAUCUCCUGCGACUGGUCCAUAUAGAGCACAGUGUUCUGGGUCUGACAGAUCUCAUACAGCCUGGAAGAGUGUUUGUUAAAGAGGGCACCCUGAUGAAGGUCAGCAGGAAGUGCAAGCAGCCACGUCACCUUUUCUUAAUGAAUGACAUAAUGCUGUACACAUAUCCUCAGCAAGAUGGCAAAUACAGACUCAUCAACACAUUGCCACUGGCAGGAAUGGAGGUCAGUAAACUGCCUAUGGAGAACACGCAGUAUGCAUUGAAAAUAGCAGUAAAGGACAUAAGCAUCACUCUGUCUGCUGGGUCUUGCACAGAGCGUGAUGGUUGGUUUGUUACACUAAAUCGGACAUUAGUUGACUUUGGUGUGGUGUCAGGAGACCCAGUCGACUGUCUUGAGUUAUUGGGGCCAGAGAUGUGUCUGGGCGAGAACGCUCCACCCCUCAUGUCAGUUUUCCAGGUGACAUCUUGCAUGAACUGUCCGUCUCAUUUUAGUCUGACAAACAGACGACAUCACUGUCACGCAUGUGGAAAGGUUGUUUGCAAAGAUUGUUGCAGGAACAAAUUCCCCCUCAAAUACAUGAAGAACAGACGAGCCAAAGUGUGUGAUCAUUGUUACACUGAGCUCCGUAAGAAUGAAGAUGUUGUCACAGUAGUGGAGAGCCACAGUCGGCCACUGUCUACUGUUUUCCAAAACAUUCAUCCAUCGAGUCUGUGGAGGAGCCGCAAGGGCCAGAUGUCUUUUAACCAGGUGACAGAGCCUGAGGGUGAGAUGAGUGGAACCCUGCAGAGGUGCAAGAACAGUAAGAGAAGUUGGAAAAGCUUGUGGUUCCUCCUUAAAGACAAAGUUCUCUACACGUACCCACAGCCUGAGGAGAGGCUUGCAUGCGAGACGCUCCCUCUGUUAGGUUUCUCCGUGAGGUCGGAGAUAGAAGGAGAGAGCAGUGUUUUUCAGCUGUACCACAGAAGCACACUUUUCUAUACUUUUAGGGCACAGGACAGUCACACUGCACAGAAAUGGGUCAACGCCAUGGAAGAGGCUACAGUCCUGUAGAAUCAGCUGACCUGGUUAUGCCGUCUGCGGAUAUAUCUGUCACUGAGCAAUGCAUUUAAAUGUCCCAUUUGAAAAUCAUUACCAGUAUGACCGACAAGAUUGAACGAGUCAGAGGGCAAAAUCGUGACUUAAUGGAGAUAUAUUUGGAAUGCCAAGGGAACAAUAUGCUCACACUCAGACUUGAAUUCAGUGCCAAAUUCUUCCUCCAAAGACAUUGUUGAGCCAUGGACCGGCUCUCAUUUAUAUUACCCCUUACAAAAUUUUAAAAACCAAUUACACAUUACCUAACCCUUCUAAGUGCCAAAUGCAAUACACUGAAUAAUACUGUAUAUAUUAUAAUACCUCAGAGCUCUAACAGCUAUUGGUACACUUAAAAAAAUGCUGGGUUAUUUUCAAUUUAGCGUUGGGUCAAAAAGGGACGAGCCCAGCAGCUGGGUUGAAAUGAACCCAGAAAAUGUUUAUAUUUGACCAAACAAUGGGUUAAAUUUCAACCCAGCAGGGUGGGCUCAUCCCUUUUGACCCAAUACCUCGACAAUAACGCAGCAUUUUUUAGAGUGUAUAGAGACAGUUUUAAGGUUGAGAGAUUUGGAGCUUAUUUAAGUCGCCAUGAAAUGGAAGCAGCGAUUGACUUAUUUUUCCCAUGGUGAUGUAUGUCCGAGUGAAACAGCUUCUGAAAUGAAAAACGGUAGGGCUGGACUUGAAUUCGUCCAUUGAGAAUUGAUUGGAUCAAUGGAAGUUGGGUCUUUGUUAAUUGCUGCGUUCUUUCCCUGGACCCCACCCACCUGCCAUACUACAUGACCGGAAGUAAAGAGAGAUUGUUUUGAGAUUUGUGUUUUUGAUUAAAGCAUAGACUGUAAAAAAAGAUGGACGACGCAACAUCGCCUUUUUCUAUUGUAAUGAAUUGAAGCCAAAAAUGUCCGACCAUGUUACGUAAAAACGUCAAUUUGGAGCCAGGGCAUGCGCAGAAGGAAUCGUACGUGGAGCCAGAGGCGGAGCCGCCAUAGAUAUGUAUAUAAAGGCUAGAUGGCUCAAGGCGGAGUCCCUAACGGCAUCACCUGGCGGCCAUCUUACGACAGGGCGCUCGCUCACUCGUAGCAUUGAGUUUAAUGGUGCAGGUACUUUUAAAUGACCAUAACUUGCUCAAUUUUCUACCGAUUUUCAAACGGUUUGGGUUUUUACAAACGUUAUUAACGUGGCUAUAAUUCUGGAUGCUUUAACAUGUUUCAUGAAUUUAUUUUUUAUUUUUAGUAUAGGUAUGCAGUGUCAUAGGUACAUCUUUGACGUUUAUAACAAACCAAACCGUUUGAAAAUCGGUAAAAAAUUAAGCAAGUUAUGGUCAUUUAAAAGUACCUGCAUCAUUAAAACUCAAUGCUACGAGUGAGCGAGCGCCCUGUCGUAAGAUGGCCGCCAAAAUGCGGACGUUGCACUCAAUUGGCCAGCAGCGCGGACGAGCCAUCUAGCCUUUAUAUACAUAUCUAUGGGAGCCGCGGUAUCAAACUUCCGCCCAAACGCUGGCAUGCCCAAUUCAACCACGCCAAUCAUAAAGACACGCCCUGUUAGCAUCAAAUUACUUACUAAAAUGAAACUUAUCACAAAAAUAAACACUUAACAGCGUGAUAACAACUAACUUUUCGAAAAAAAAUUGGAAGUGUAAAUAAUGUUUUAUUAAUGUUUAUGACUUGUACUGCAGCCAGCCACCAGGGGGCGAUCAAAGAGCCAGCGGCUUCACUUUUCAAGAUGUAUGAAGCACACCUGGAUUAAAGAUUAUGAUGGCACAUGAAUUUUUUUUAAAAUAAUGAAGCUCACAGAUAAGUCAUUUGUUAAAAAAUCACAGUAUUCCAAAAAAAAUUACAUUUUUUUUAUUUUAAUUUCAUUGUGACUAAGUUCAAUCUAUGACUUUAUUUUAUUUGUAUAUUUAUGAUAAUGUCUACUAAUGUAUUUCAUUUGAACAAUGACUAAUUUUGGGUUGAUACUUUCUCAUAUAGCAACAGAGCUGGAAUUCUUGUUGCAUUUCUUCUUCUAUUGAAUUUACUUACUUUACAUCCACUGUAUCAACAGCCUGUAAUACUAUUAACUUAAAUUUUUUGAAAUGUGUAUCAGUUUGUCAAUAAAAAUGUAUAAAGAUACA